AUGAGCAAGCAGAAAGGAAAGGCACAAGCUCAGGCAUCUGGGCUGUACAAGUCCGAGUCCAUAAAGGACGUUGCUGAAUCAUUCGGCAUAAGCAACCUCUCCGAGGCUAUCGCGAGUGCACUUGCAAGCGAUGUUGAAUACCGUAUGCACCAGGUCAUCGAGGAAGCAGCUCGCUUCACCCGCCACGCUCGUCGAACGACAAUGACAACCUCAGACAUCGACCAAGCUCUUCGCGUACUCAAUAUCGAGCCUCUCUAUGGCCACGCACCACAUAACCCCCCUACAUUCCGUCGUGCACUUCCCUUCCCUAGCGCACCAACCGCUGGGCCCGUGUAUUUCGUUGAGGACGAGGAGAUUGACUUCGAUCGCGUUCUUCGCGAGGAGAAGAUUACACUUCCGAAACCUGCUAGUUAUACUGCGCAUUGGUUAGCUGUGGAGGGUGUACAGCCGAACGUUCCUGAAAACCCGCCUGCUGCAGAAAGGCGCGACGCAGAACCGGACAUCGCGUCUGCGAAACUCUCGACUCCACCUCGCAAUGGAACUCAGUUCCCUCCAACACCUCCGUCUCCGUCUCGCAACGCUUCCUUCAACUCUACUAAGCCGAAUCAAUUACUUGUUAAACAGGUCCUUUCGCGGGAGCUGCAAUUAUACUAUACACGCCUCACGUCAACGCUCAUGCCGCCAACUCUUAUGCCUCCGGCAGACGACACGCGAAAGGCGGCUGCACUUUCAAGUCUCCGAAACGAUGCGGGUCUUCAGACUCUCCUGCCUUAUCUCGUCAAAUGGGUUGGUGACGGCGUCAUUGCUAUCCUACGUGAUACGAAUCAUUCUGAAAAUGAUGGACGAGCGUUGGAGGUUUAUUUGGAGGUCAUCGGAGCGUUGCUUGACAAUAGCACACUCUUUGUUGAACCAUAUCUCCAUCAAAUGCUCCCACCUCUCCUCUCCAUCCUCCUCCACACAAGUCUCCCCUCAAACUCCACUCACCUACGUAUCAUGGCAUCCCAAACUCUCUCGCACCUCCUCACACAACACUCAACGACAUACCCUUCGCUAUCACCACGCAUCAUGAAGACUCUCCUCCUUGCAUUGCUCUCGCCAGGAAAGAGCAAAGGUACACGGGAAGGUGCCGUACGAGGACUUAUUGGUGUUGGGAAGGAGGCAGUGAGGAAGGGACUUGUCGAAGGUGGUGGAGCGAGGAUCAUUGGAAGUGAGUGUGCGGGUAGUGUUGCGGAGAGUGUGCAACUUAUUAGUUCGGUGAUGGAUGCGUUCAAACUCCUAGCCUCACCAUCCGCCCAACCUAGACCCUUAAACCCAGCCAACCCAGACGACGCGUCUUUCAUGGCGGAUUUGGGAGCGACACUGGGACGGUACUUUGCUGCGCGUGUUUCUCCCGACGCGGAGUGGGCAAAAGCUUUGAUUGCGAAAAAUACACUUGGGUCGCCUAUGGAGUUAUGA